GAGUAUUCGAUAUUGGCGGUACUUAAAAGGUCACCUUGUAGCUCGAAGUCUUCCUGUAAACAGUGGUUCUGUAAUUGGUACUGGUUGCUACUUUUAUCAAAAUAAUCCAAGGUCCCAUCAUAUUUAUGGAUGGUGACAUUUUGGACGUUUUACAUUCUAUCGAAACUGUGGAAAAAGACAAUGCUUCAAUCCGUAUUCCUUUUGAGAGACUUGCCCAAUAUUUAUUACUUGAUACGGAUAGUCUUCCGAGUAACCUUCGCUUAUCACUCAUUGAAUGUAUCGCGAAUAUGGCGUUCGAUCCAUCAAUCAUCGGAUUAAAAGGUUUCGAGUUAUUAUUUCCUGGCUUGUGGAAUUUGGUAUAUCUCUCCCCUUCAACAGACAGAACUAUAUCAUCACUUGCAUUCCCUGUAUUAAGUCAGAUUAUACAGUUUAAUGCCUUUGUCGAUUUCAAUGGUAGCCUUCCAUCUGUUUUGACUAUUUCAGUCGAAAAAACAUGUGAAUUAUAUAUGCCUGAAACAGAUUGCCUUUUAUUUUUGAGUGAACUUCUACGGUAUGGUGUAAAACACAAUAUAGAUAUGGAAGAUUCUUUGGUAAAGAGUUUGACCGUUUGUUGUGAAAAAUUCGAUCCAUCGUGUAAAGAUGAUUUACUUUGGAAUUACCUAAUUUUAAUGAUAAAGUUAAUAAGUUUAAUGUCUACAAUUGAUAAUGCUAAAAGUUUAUUAGAAUAUCUUAAACAUCCAAUUUUAUUUUGUUUGAAUUGCUUGAAAACUGAACGAUUUUACAGUAUCAGUAAACAAUUCUGUAUAGUUCUUCAAUUUUUGGUCGCUUUGUCAAACGUUUUUCAAUCACUAAAAUGGUUGGAGAAUUUUUGCAAUGAAAACAAUCAUGGUGAACCAUUUACUGUUGUUGUUACAACCCUUACUAUUGAACUACGAUUAUAUCUGACUCAGAAAUCCUCAGGAAACAAUAGCAGUAUGAGUGUUAACAAUUCUGGCAGUGAGGAAGAGAAAACUGUCAGAACAUCGUUAGAAAAUUGUACAGAUAUAUUGAUUUGCUCAGAUUCUUCUGUAAUUAAUUGCAAUAUAUUAGAAGCAUGUUUACUUUUAUUUCAAUAUUGCCUACAAGAGUUACAGAAGAGUAACAUUGAUGAUAAUAAUUUAGAUACUGCUAAUAAAUGUAGUGACAAUUCUUCUUAUCAAUCCUUAAUUUCAUAUGCUACUGACGAUACAGUGAAAAACAUUUGGUUACAAUGUUUAGAUACUGGUGAAUUGUUGCGAAAUUUACUGAGUUCAUUUAAUCUUUCUAUAAAAAAUCAAGAUCCCAGUUGUGAAAUAUGUAGUGAUACACACUUUUUAUGGGAUAAGUCGGUUAAUGAAAUUAAACCGCUUGGUACAGUUUUACUUGAAACAUAUUUCAGUUGGGUUGAAGUAUACUUUAAGACACAUUGUAUGGAGCUAGAAAAGGAUUUUGAAAUCAUGUCUGUUUUUGAAGAACUAUUCAAUAACUACUUAACUCCAGUUUUACCGAUUUUGGAUACAUUGAUGACAAAUUUCUUUGAAAAUCAUCGUUUGUCAACUGACUCGCAUCAAAUUUCAUCUACGGAUAAGUCGAAAAUCGUUCAAUCCGUUGCAGACAUCUCAACUAUUCUAAUUCAGCUGUGUAGAAUUCCUUCAAAUCCUCACUUAUCUGCUAGCCUAUUUGGAUAUAAUUCGAGUGGUAGACCAUUUCGUGGAAAUAUGGUUUGCAAAUGGUUGAAAGAAAAUUGUUGCACGAAUAUUAUAACUGCCCAGAAAUCUAAUAUGUGUUCAUUCAUUACCCUUGUUACUAACAUCUUGGAACUUAUAAACAAUUGUCUGCUGAAUUCACUGUUACUCGACACGAAGGACAGUAUACAGGAAACCAAUUUACUUAUGUGGCUUUUGAGUCCUGGAGAAUUAUUGAAAUUUUUUGUUGGUAAUUGGAUCUCUUUCGUAGAUUCUCUAAUUGUAAAUCAACCAUCUCUUUGCAUAGAAUAUAUUUGUACAGUUAUUAAAAUAUGGAUAGUUUAUUACAAAUGGUCAAAAUUAUUCAGUUCUAAUUUAUGUGAUCAAACGAAAAAAUGUAUAUCGGAUAUUCCUGACGAACUUUUGAAGAGAAUGGAUAAAAUUUUGUCUUUGUUUAAGGUUGCAUCAUUGGAUUCUUCAACUGGAUCUCAUCUUUCUAAUCUUCGUGUUGUUCAAUACAAACAAGUCUGUUUGUUUGUUUUCAUUGGAAAAUUGCAUUCGAAUCAUUCAUUCUAAUAUAAUAAUCUGUUUAAGUGUUAAAUUUCUAUGAUUUUUUCUAAAAAAAAAUUAUUUUUGAAAAAAAACGAGUGAACAUUUCAAAAUGUAAAAUUGAACAUUUAAAAAAUAAUCAGCAGAAUAGUUUUUCGAUGUUUACAAGAAAAACCUGACUAUACUUCUCUCUCUCUCUCUGUAUAUAUGUAAUACAUUUAGAUUUCCAUUCUUGUAGAUUUUGCAUAAUCUAUAUCACGUUUUAAUUGACAUAUAGCUAAUUGUCCACAAAAGCAUGUAGUACAAACAUCGUUCAUUAGAGUACCCUGAAAUUUAAACAAUAUACACAAGUUAAGUAAAUAGUUAUUUCAAUAGAAAAGUAAUUAUCAUCACACAAUAUGUACAUGUUUUUUUAAAAUAAGAAGUACUUAUAUUCACUUGGCAUUGUUUUGCUUGUAUUUUCCCAUUGAGUUUUAAGACUGCAAUUGAUCAGUCUGUUAUUGGCAUAUAUGCAUACUGUGCCGAAUGUCUCAAUGUUGCCUUAAUUCACAAGCUUUUAUAAGCAAAGAUGGAUAAUGGUUAGCAGUGGAAUCCAGGACGCGCGUUUCACCCUAUUUGGGACUCGUCAACUGGGUGGGGUUUGAAGCGAACAGUACUGGAUUCGAGUCACAGAUUGAACAUUAUCAACCUACUGCUUAUAAGGUUCAAACUUCAUUUUACUUCUUUAUUUCAUCUUAAUAAACUUAAAAGAUAAAAAUAUGUUACCUAGCUCAAAUUGUACAAUCAUGAAUUGAAGUAUAGUGGAACACUUUUGAAAAGGCUAAUUAUUAUAUACGUUCAGUGUACACAUUCGAGACUUUAAAAAGCCCAUAAACUUCAAAAAAUAAACAUAUGAUAUUACUGAUUAUUGUACGAGGAAUUGUUUUAUAACCAUAUAAUAACUUCAAGAAAUA